GCACUUGUAAUUGCAGGUUUGGGGGAUAUGACACGACCAGCUGAAAAACUCAGUGUACGACAGAGUGCAGCCUUGUGUGCAACCGGAUUCAUCUGGUCCCGGUAUUCACUGGUUAUCAUUCCCAAGAAUUACAGCCUUUUCGCUGUGAACUUCUUUGUGGGACUUACAGGAGCCUCUCAGCUUGGAAGAAUUGCACAGUAUAUUGUCUCUGGAUAUUAUGUUCAAUGUUGUGCAAGAAAAUGUGUCACACACACACAAAAACAUCAGCACUAUCUUUUCACUAGUCAAAGAGCUGAAAUAAUAUUACAUGGAGAGAAGUACACAUAA